UGUUUCUGUAGGCGUUAAUGGUGCGAUACGUGGAGGCAGUCGUUCAAGUAGCGAAGGAAGAAGCGUCAGUCUUCGUCAUGACCGGCGUGCGCAUCAUGGUGGUAUCUUCGCAUCUCGGGCAAGACAACACGGGCACUUUGAGGCACAUGGCAUGGCGAGAGAGUGGGCCAUGGACGUUUUUCUCACCGUGCGCCAACGAGGCUGGGGUGAACAUGUCCACCAAACGCAAGUGCCCCGCUUGCGCAGUACAGGUCCUGGUUAAUACCGCCUGCCUCCGGGCCUUCUCAUUCUGCCUCGUCAUCGGGACCAACGCACUCGAGAGCUUCAAUGGGAGUGUCGCGGCCAUGGUGUCCAAGCGCAGCGACUUCUACAUCAGUCACGUGGGCAGAGCCCAACUUGCUCUCCUAAAGCGGUGCUUUCCCGGAGGGUACCGCGAGGUUGUUAGGCGAAUUCGCAAGGCGUGUGGACUACCGCCGCUAACCAAUCGGGCGGAAGAGGAGACACUGGUCCACCAGAGGAAGGCAAGGCACCUU